AACUCUUAAACCCUACCCUAACUUCAUCGCACGAAAAUCCCAUUUCCAAAAUUCAUGGCCUUCAUUUUUGAGGAUCACAUUGAGAGAGUCCUCUGGACUGACCAACAAAUAUCCGACCGAGUUUCCCAACUCGCCUCCGAGAUUACCCGCGAUUUCACCGUCAAUGGCGCCACCGCCGUCGCAGCUCUGCCUUCCGCCGCCCCGGUCGUCGUCGGUGUCGCUACUGGAGCCUUCCUCUUUCUCGCUGAUCUUGUCAGGAAAAUCAACCUCCCUAUCACCGUGGACGUUAUUCGUGUCGAGUCCUACGGUUCCGGCACAGUCUCCAGCGGCAAGCCUAAGAUUUCUUGCGACUUGAAAAUUGAUGUCCGAGGAAAGCAUGUGAUUUUGGUGGAGGACAUUGUGGAUACUGGAAACACUUUAUGCCGUCUCAUUGAACACUUGAAAUCAAAAGGAGCAUCUUCCAUAUCUGUCUGUGCUCUUCUUGAUAAGCCAUCUAGGCGUAAAGUCAAUUUUGAGCUCGUGGGUGAUGGAAAGUUUUAUCGAGGUUUUGAGUGCCCAGAUUACUUUGUAGUGGGCUAUGGAUUGGACUUUACAGAACUGUACCGGAACUUACCUUAUGUUGGGGUUUUGAAGCCAGAAGUGUACAAGUGAUUUCCCUCAGCAUUGGCAUAGUAUUAGUAUAUUCAUUAAUUUUAGAGAAACAUUGAGAUUUUAGACAAUUCUACCUAUGGAAUAAAGAAACCUUUUGAAUACAAAAUGUUGCUUUAAGCAU